AAGAUGUGCACAUAAAUAUCUCUGUGUGGUCCACAUCAAAUCAUAUUCAUCAACUCAACAGAAACAGCAGCUCCUCGUCUUCUUCUGGAUUCAUUCUUAAAGUCAAGAACAAUGAAACACAGCUCAGUUCUGUUUUUGCUGCUCCUUCUGGGGACAUGCUCGGCUUACACCUAUCAAAAUGUGGCCUUGCGUGGAAAAGCGACCCAGUCAGACCGCACAUCGCACGCAUUUGGCGCUGCCUACAAUGCUAUUGAUGGAAACCGUAACCCUAUCUACGAGGCUGGAUCAUGCACCCUCACUGAUAAUCAGACCAACCCCUGGUGGAGAGUGGACCUGCUGGAGUCCUACAUUGUCACCUCCAUCAUCAUCUCCAACAGAGGAGACUGCUGUGCAGAGAGGCUCAACGGGGCAGAGAUUCACAUCGGCAACUCUUUACAAGACGACGGCGCUGCAAAUCCAGUGGCUGCAGUAAUUAAUCACAUCCCAGUUGGCAGGUCUUUGAAAAUUACCUUUACCAGGCGUGUGGAGGGACGUUAUGUGACUGUGUUUCUGCCUGGUUUAAGAAAGAUCCUUUCACUCUGCGAGGUGGAAGUCUACGGAUAUCGUGCUCCAACUGGAGAGAAUCUGGCGCUCUACGGAAAAGCCUCACAGUCAUCACUGCAUUCUAUCGGCAUUGCAAAUAAUGCUAUAGAUGGGAAUCGUAACACCCUCUGGAGCCAGGCUUCCUGCAGUCACACAGGCAACGACUUAAACCCCUGGUGGCGAGUGGACCUGGGCAAAACCCACAAAGUGUUUACUGUUAACAUCACCAAUUACGGAGAUGCUGGCAGGCAACUUGAAGGAGCUGAGAUCCGAAUUGGAGAUUCUCCUGAAAACAAUGGCAACAACAAUCCCAGGUGCACUGUGAUCUCAAGGGUCCCUCCAAGUUUCACAGAAACCUUCCACUGUGACGGGAUGGACGGACGCUACGUUAACAUCGUCAUUCCUGGAAGAACCAACCACUUGAUCCUGUGUGAGGUGGAGGUGUACGGUUCCAGACUGGAUUAGGUAUCCCUUUAAAUCUACACCUCAGUUUCAAUAAAAAACAUUAUAAUCUUUAGAUAAAUAAUCUCAGGACAUUUUGUGUAAGACAACCUUGGUUUUAGCUUGGUGUACCUAAUAAACUGGCAACUGGGCGGUAGCUAUUUUUUCAUACUGUCAUACCUUUUUGACAUUUGGCAUUUAACCUACAGUGACACCCUCCUGAGACCAGAGCUUUAGUUAUUUAGCUAUGUAGUAUAAGAAGGACCUGACAAGCAUAGAAAUUAAGCAUCUUCUUUGAACAGGAAGUGGCUUUUGAUAAACAAAAACAAAACAAAAACAAAGGAACAAAAAAAAAAAAAAAAACCUUGUCCACUUUAGUUUUGGGAUUGGCUGCAGACUGACUUGGCAGAGAUGUGUGUUGUGCUCUUGCUACCACUACACGGCACAGAAAAGUGUCCACAGACGAGGACAACAGAUUUAACAAACCCAAAAUGUAAUGUCCUUGUGUGAGGACGCAGGGUCGCAGGAGGUUGUUGUGAUUAUAUUUGUAUGACAUUUUGUCUGAACUUUGUACUUUUGUAUUUGUUUGAAUCAUAUUUUAUUUUGUAAAGCUCUUGAGUUUUUUUUUUUUUUUACCUAAGUGAAGAUUUGAUUUCUAAUAAUCAACUUUUUUGUACUGUCACAGCCUGCAGAUAAAUAUUAUGUCACAUUGCUGAAAUAAAUCAAAACUAUAUAUAAAAAAAACA